AUGUUGAAAAGACCUCAAGAAGAAGAGUCAGACAAUAAUGGUACAAAGAAGCUGAAAGCGAGAUUAACGUACCCUUGUAUCCUCGGGAAGGAUAAAGUAACGGGAAAGUUCAUCUUUCCUGCGAUCACUAAAGAUGACGUGAUGAAUGCAAGAUUGUUUUUGAAAAACAAUGAUUUGAAGACGUUUUUAGAAUAUUUUCUGCCUGUGGAAGUCAACUCGAUCUAUAUUUAUUUCAUGAUCAAAUUGCUGGGAUUCGACGUCAAGGAUAAAGAACUAUUUAUGGCGUUAAACUCUAACAUCACCUCUAAUAAAGAGCGUAGUACUAGUAUAGAGGUGUCGGCUGUGCAAGCGAAAGUUGAACAUGAAGGCGAGUUAACGGACCCCUUAGAGAAAAAACAUGCUGUAAAAUUAAUUAAAGAUUUACAAAAAGCCAUAAAUAAAGUCCUUAGUACAAGGCUUCGAUUACCCAACUUCAAUACGAUCGACCAUUUCACCGCCACUUUGCGUAACGCCAAAAAAAUUUUGGUCCUGACGGGUGCUGGGGUUUCCACUUCUUUGGGUAUUCCCGAUUUCAGAUCUUCUGAGGGGUUUUAUUCUAAGAUCCGACACCUUGGGUUGGAAGACCCUCAAGAUGUUUUCAACUUGGACAUAUUUUUACAGGACCCUUCUGUUUUUUACAACAUUGCCCAUAUGGUUUUACCACCGGAAAACAUGUAUUCUCCCUUACACAGUUUUAUUAAGAUGCUGCAAGACAAGGGCAAACUAUUAAGAAACUAUACACAAAAUAUAGAUAACUUAGAAUCAUACGCAGGGAUAGAUCCUGAUAAACUGGUACAAUGUCACGGUUCAUUUGCGACUGCAUCUUGCGUGACUUGCCAUUGGCAAAUCCCUGGUGAGAAAAUAUUCGACAAUAUAAGAAACCUUGAACUACCAUUAUGUCCUUACUGUUACCAAAAAAGAAAGCAAUAUUUCCCUAUGAGUAAUGCCAAUAAUACGAUUCAAACAAACGCAAAUUUCAACUCGCCCAUCUUAAAGUCGUACGGCGUUUUGAAACCAGACAUGACAUUUUUUGGUGAAGCCUUACCAUCGCGGUUUCAUAAGACGAUCCGUAAAGAUAUAUUGGAAUGUGAUCUAUUAAUAUGUAUAGGUACGAGUUUGAAAGUGGCUCCAGUUUCUGAGAUUGUCAAUAUGGUACCUUCACAUGUACCUCAAAUUUUAAUUAAUAGGGAUAUGGUUACACAUGCGGAGUUUGAUUUAAACUUGUUAGGAUUCUGUGAUGACGUGGCCAGUCUCGUAGCUAAAAAAUGCCAUUGGGAUAUACCGCAUAAAAAAUGGCAAGAUUUAAAGAAAAUCGAUUACAACUGUACGGAAAUAGAUAUAGGUACGUAUAAGAUUAAGAAGCAGCCACGAAAGAAACAACAGUAA